CACGCCGUGAUGAGCUGGAAAGCUCCUAUUGCUUGCCAUUUGGUGCUGCAUCCCACUCGCCGACGACAACAGUGUACAUGUGUAUUAUUCUUGGUUAUGCGCUGCCUUUCAUCUGAUCUCUGAGCGCAAGCAAAUACUGCGAUCAUGGAGGCAUUGUCGAGGCAGGAAUAUCCUGCUAUGUUGGAGCGACUAUCUCCACAGGGAGCUGUCCAGAAACUUAAUGAGCGCGUGAAGAAGAUCGGGAAAGUCAACUCGGAGAUCGCGGACUGGCUGCAGGAACGCCGGAAGGUCGAGGAUCAAUACGUAGCUGGUCUGAGGAAACUCGCACGCAAGCCGUUGCAAGAAACUGGGCAGGAUCUGGGGAUAUUUGACGGGCCAUGGAAGAAGCUUAUUGCAGCCAUCGAGGAUAUUGCCCAGUCGCAUGCUUUGCUAUCGGAGCGGAUAGAGAAAGAUGUCGAACACCCUUUGCGAACGUUUGCGACAACCAACCGCGAGAUGUCAGCGAUGACAACAAUACAUGGGAAUCUGUCUUCCUUGGCCAGGGAACUUGAAGAUGCACAAGAAAAGUCCGACAAGUUGAACAAAAAGGGAGGCAAAGCGAGCGCGCUGAAAGUGGAUGCAGCAUCGUCAAGGCUGAACUCUGCCACCUCAGCAUGGGAUUCCCAAGCACCUUUUAUAUACGAGACUCUUCAAGCCCUGGACGAAAGGCGACUGAACCAUCUCCGGGAUGUACUUACCCAAUAUGAGACCCAUGAAGCGGAUGUAAUUGAACAAAACCGAAAGACUAUUGAGCAAACCCUCAGAUCAUUAUUGGAGAUCGACACCGCGCAGGAGAUAAAGAACUGGUCUCAAGCCAGCAUUGCAGGAAAGCCGCUGAAUGAGCGAAGGACAAGGCAACCGUCAAAUGCGGGCAGUGGAAGCGGUGGAGCAGCCAGUUUGGCUCCCCCGCAGACGCCUCGAUCUAAUACCGACAAUCAAAGCGAGCAUUCAAACGUAAAUGAAAAAGGAGAGUCCAAAAUUUCGAGGCGCUUUGGAACCAUGCUUGGAAAGCGCCGUCAGAGCAUGGUAGGCGCCUUUGGACGAAAUCCAUCACCAAAUAAGGGCUUUCAACCGUUUGGCCGAAGCCCUGCAAGUAGGGAUGGACCCUCUCCGCAAGCUUCGAUGGGCAAUCUUAAUGAUUCUCCUUCGCGGGACAAUCGACUUUCAUCCUUAGCUGAAUCUCCUCCACCGCAGAGUCCGACCUCACAAACCAACGGAAAUGCUGGUGCAGUAAACGCGGACUCGGCUUUUAUUGCAGAUGCGGUGCCGACAGGUUCGUCUUCUCGCACAACAAAUGGUACAACAGGUGCAGCUCUAUUCGGAGACUUGUCAGACGUUCAGCCGCCGCCUGGGCCACCACCCUCUCAUUUGAAGCCUGCUUCUGAAGCGCAAAAAGAUUCGGAAGGUUACACUGUGCCAGCAGCAAUGAAUGACCCAAUAUCCCAAGCAGAGCAUGAUGCAGCACAGGAAAACGAGCAACAACAAUUUAAGCUGGAUAUUCGGAAAGAACCGAUUCCAGAGCAAGAUGCAGAUGCCCAGGCGGCACUGUCAAAUGUCGCAAAUACCUUACGAUCCCAACAGGCGUCAACUCUGAAUCGAAAAGCUGGGACUGUGAGGGGAAGGCGAGAUGUCCGAAACACGAUGUAUGUGCCGCCAGCGAACUCACUUGACGUUAGCACACCGGAGAACAUGCCACCUCCAUCACCAGGCAUUGCAACCGGAAGGGCAGCUGCUCUUGCAGCGUUGUCAUCCAAUGACCAGAAUGCUCCUACCGGGUCUGAUACGACCUCGAUUCGCUCUGGCCACUCGUUGACAAACCACGUGGUGGCCAAACACGCUGAUAUGCACCAACCGGGACUGAAUGCAUCCAUCAUCGAGACCGUGAGCGCAACAUUAGAGAAUGGAGAGGUCAAAACAGCGAAAAUUGGUGGUGAGAUUGCUCUGGCCUACAACAAGGUUGAGGCCGACGAUUCCUCAACUGAAGGCACCAUCCGAAUCAAUAACUUUCCAAACCUUGAAGCCAUUGGCCCCAAUAGGACGUUCAUUCAUCCAGUCAUCGGAGACAAGCCAGAUGAGUUCACGGUCGACCUCGUAACCAUAUCAAAACCAUCCAUGGCAUUCACAUAUAGAGUUCAUAUCGAUGACGAAAAUGCUACCACCGUUGGUCCCUUACUUCUCAAAGUCGCUUGGAAACAUCAAGGCGACAAGCUCGGUUUGGUGGCAGAGUAUAGUCUGAACCCAGCAUAUAGCACAGAGCCGGUAACCUGCCACGGUCUAGUCUUGGUCGCCUUUUACGAGGGGCCGAGAGCUGUUGGGUGCCAGACUAAGCCAACCGGUACUCACCUCAAAGAAAAGUCACUUGCCUAUUGGCGGAUCGGCGAUGUGACUCUUACAAAUGAGUGGCACAAAGUAAUCUGUAGAUUCCUGGGCUCAGAAGGCGCAUGUCCGGAACCUGGUCACAUUGAAGCACGAUGGGAGAUUCAUGGCUCUGCAGCAAAACCGCUUGGAAGUGGUAUCAGCUUGUCGAGACUGGAGCCCAGCAAGGGCAAGGAGAAGGAAGAAGAUGAUCCAUUUGCGGACGAGUCAAUUGCGAGCCCCACCACAGUCUCACCGGCAGGAAACUGGGUCGAAAUUGCAACGAGCAAGAAAUUUGUCAGUGGCAAGUAUGAGGCAAGAGAGCCGGUUUCACUGUAGGAUUCGAGCAUCAGUUUGUGCGAUACCGGUAGCUACUAUAAUUCCAAUUUGUACAGAUCAGCAAGAG